AUGCCUGUCCGUCUACCACAGGCCACUGGCCUUUACACAUGCCCUUCAUGUGCCUCCCGCUCCGCUCCUCGCUCCUUCUCCAUCUCGGCCUCCCAGCUGGCCCUGGGUCCCGAAUCUCCUCGCUACAUGGACAUUCCUCAGGCCCCUCAGCAGACUCUCCCGGAUAAGACCCGCCUCAAGGGUAUCCUCCCCGUUCCACGCAAUGUUUUUGCCGGCCAGGACCCCAAGGCACCCCUCAAGGUGGAUCAAGCCACCAAAGAGCCCUCUCGCCCACAAUCUCACAAUGAUCCCCGCUCCAUCUGGAAAGAGCGUAUGGCUGCUUCGCGAAGGAAGAACUUGAAAGAGGGUCUCAAUGCUCUGCAGCACCGCAGAGUCAAGUCGGACGAAUACAUGGCCACUCGUGCCACCCUUCGCCAGCAAGAACGCGAGGCCCGUCUGCAUCGUCCAGAACGCGAAGACGAGCGUCUUACUGCCCCCUCUGUCGACUCCAACUUGCUCAGCCUUCUGCAAAAGGGCCCGCUGCAAGACCCCAACAAAGAGGCUCGCCUGGCCGACAUGCGUCAACGACACGCCCUGAAGCAGGCUGCUCGUCAAGAAGACCGUCAGGAUGCCCUGCACUCGCUCUACGUCAAUGCUCGCGACUUCAUUGUCAAUGACGCUCAGCUCUCCACUGCCAUCGACAAGGCUUUUGGUACUGUUGCCGACCCUCGUUCCUUUGGCAACUAUGGUGCCAGCGUUUGGGACAACAAACCAAGCGCCCCCAGCUCUAUCGUUGACAUGCUCAAUUCGGCGACUGCCAGAGGUGUCCGUGGUGGUGCUCUCAACCAGUCAACCAUGAAUAAGGAUACUGCCUUGACUGCUGCCAGAGUUCGCAGAAUGGCUGCCGAGUUGACUGGAGGUCAGUUGCCUUCAAAGUCUUCCUUCUAG